GUAAAUUACUUAUAUUCAUAAUGUUGAGUUUAUAUCAGUGGUUCAUUCAUAUUUAUACAAGAAAUACUAUUUAUACACGAGUUAUGUCAAGCCAUUAUACAAAAGUUGUGAAACAUCCAACAGCAGGAAUAAUUGUUAUUGGAGAUGAAAUAUUAAAAGCUCAAGUGAGAGAUACAAAUUCUUAUCACAUGUGUGGCUUAUUGUAUAAAUGUGGUGUUAAAGUAAAAAAGAUUUCUGUCAUAAGUGAUAGUGUUGAGGAAAUCUCAAAGGAGAUUCGAGAUGCCUCUAGUAAGUUUACUUAUGUUAUAACAUCUGGUGGAAUUGGACCAACACAUGAUGAUGUUACAUUUGAAGGCUUAGCUAAGGCCUUUGACGAUACACUACAUUAUCAUCCUAAAUUGGUGGAUAUAAUAAAAGAUCAUUUUGGUGCCAAAGAUCCUCUAUCUCCUGCCUAUAAGAUGGCUUUGAUUCCAAAGAAAGCAUCUCUAAAAUUCAAUUUAAAUACGCGUACAGGCAAACCAAACGCGUAUCCGUACAUUGUAUUAGAGAAUGUAUACGUUUUUCCAGGUUCACCGGUAUUCUUUGAAAGAUCCUUUCAAGGUUUAUACGAGGAUUUACUUUCCACAACGAACAAGAGAUUUGUAAAAGAUGAGGUAUUCAUAAAUGCCAGGGAAGAAGCGUUUACGAAUGCCUUAUCAGUGGUAGUAAAAGAAUUUCCCAAUGUUUCCUUUGGUUCCUAUCCAGUGAGCAAUUGCAGGUACUAUAAAGCGUUCGUAACUAUAGAGAGCGAUAAUAAAGGCGACACUGAGAAUGCUAAACAACGAUUUUACGAGCUCAAUCCUGUUGACAUUUUCGUAAAAUUCGAUCGGACACCACAUGUAGAUUGCAUCACGAAGUACAAUAAUUUCCUUCAGAGCUGCCCGCAUCGUCGAUCGAUCUACGAACAGUUACUGGAAGAGCUUAGACAAUUUUAUCGAGAGCCUGAGAGCGUCUCGAUACGUAUGGACGGCGGCGUAGAAUCGAGCAUCGUUAUUCAUCUCGCUCAUAUAUGUAGAACCCAAUCUAAUUCGAAUGACAAAUUGCGAGCAGUUUACUUUAUGGAGAAACAGACGUCGAUUGAUCUCGAGGAAUUCAUCAAGGAGAUGACUGACAAAUAUAAUCUGGCGGUGUGCACCGUGGAAGCCGAGCCCGAUAAAAGCAUAAACGAAUUAAUAACCAUGCAAGCGCAUUUACGAACAUUGCUAGUCGGAAAGACCGGGGAGGAUGGCGUGAAUGAAGUUAACCGUCGCUAUGCCGGCGCGAGUAACGCGGACCGAUUGCAAAUCAAUAAUCCUUUGCGUAACUGGACAAACGAGGACGUGUGGUCUUUCGCUUCGUCGCUGAGCCUGCCAUAUGUGACUACGACUGCUUAAAGGAAAGCGGGCGAUCGCGACCGAGUUGUGGAUUCCUAGGACCCUCCCUCGCCACACACGUCGUCGUCGUCGUCGUCGUCGUCGUCGUCAUCAUCGUUUGCGGAUACUUUUGCGAAUAGAUUUGCGAUAGGCUUCGUGUAGAAAAUCGACGGUGUUGAUGUGACGCUUCGACGUCCGAAUAAAGAACAAGUGCAAGAUCA